AUGAAGAAUGGUGUAGCAGCCCAUCUGCCUGAAGGACCACAAACAAACACCGAUAAGGAAGGGGGCCUGGGCAAGGGGAGGGGCCGGGGCAAGGGAGGGGGCCGGGGCAAGGGAGGGGGCCGGGGCAAGGGAGGGGGCCGGGGCAAGGGAGGGGGCCGGGGCAAGGGAGGGGGCCGGGGCAAGGGAGGGGGCCGGGGCAAGGGAGGGGGCCGGGGCAAGGGAGGGGGCCGGGGCAAGGGAGGGGGCCGGGGCAAGGGAGGGGGCCGGGGCAAGGGAGGGGGCCGGGGCAAGGGAGGGGGCCGGGGCAAGGGAGGGGGCCGGGGCAAGGGAGGGGGCCGGGGCAAGGGAGGGGGCCGGGGCAAGGGAGGGGGCCGGGGCAAGGGAGGGGGCCGGGGCAAGGGAGGGGGCCGGGGCAAGGGAGGGGGCCGGGGCAAGGGAGGGGGCCGGGGCAAGGGAGGGGGCCGGGGCAAGGGAGGGGGCCGGGGCAAGGGAGGGGGCCGGGGCAAGGGAGGGGGCCGGGGCAAGGGAGGGGGCCGGGGCAAGGGAGGGGGCCGGGGCAAGGGAGGGGGCCGGGGCAAGGGAGGGGGCCGGGGCAAGGGAGGGGGCCGGGGCAAGGGAGGGGGCCGGGGCAAGGGAGGGGGCCGGGGCAAGGGAGGGGGCCGGGGCAAGGGAGGGGGCCGGGGCAAGGGAGGGGGCCGGGGCAAGGGAGGGGGCCGGGGCAAGGGAGGGGGCCGGGGCAAGGGAGGGGGCCGGGGCAAGGGAGGGGGCCGGGGCAAGGGAGGGGGCCGGGGCAAGGGAGGGGGCCGGGGCAAGGGAGGGGGCCGGGGCAAGGGAGGGGGCCGGGGCAAGGGAGGGGGCCGGGGCAAGGGAGGGGGCCGGGGCAAGGGAGGGGGCCGGGGCAAGGGAGGGGGCCGGGGCAAGGGAGGGGGCCGGGGCAAGGGAGGGGGCCGGGGCAAGGGAGGGGGCCGGGGCAAGGGAGGGGGCCGGGGCAAGGGAGGGGGCCGGGAUAAUAAGAUAGAGGGAUCAUGGGUGAAAUUUGUGGCAAUUGGAUGCACUGUAAAUCCUGAAGGUGUAAAUCUAGAUUUGGGAAUUGCUUGA